AUGUCAAGUCGGUCUGGAUUUUCAAACUCUCUUCCUCUACCGGGAUAUCCGUUCUACCAGGUGUCAUGCAGCCAUAAUCAGCAGACCACGUCAUUUAGGCAUCCUGUGACAGGACAGGUUUCUCCAGAAAAUAUUGAAUUUAUUUUGCGAGAAGAACAGACUUCAUCUAUGUCCAAGCAACAAAUAAACCAAAGACCUUCAAGCAUGAUCAGUGAAACAUCUACUGCAGUAACUACAUCUGCUGUUAAUACAAAACCUGGCUCUAAGGUCGUGAAGGCUGGAAACAAAGUUCAUAGCUUUGGAAAGAGGCAACAAGCUAUCAGGAGGAAUCCCAAUGUUCCUGUUAUAGUAAGAGGCUGGCUACACAAACAGGAUAGCUCUGGAAUGCGAUUAUGGAAAAGACGAUGGUUUGUGCUUGCUGAUUACUGUUUGUUUUACUACAAAGACAGCAGAGAAGAAUCUGUUUUGGGUAGCAUACCAUUGCCUAGUUACGUGAUAUCUCCAGUUGGACCUGAAGACCACAUAAAUCGCAAAUUUUCUUUUAAGGCAGUUCAUACAGGUAUGCGGGCAUAUAUUUAUAAUAAGAAUUCUGUUAUUGGCUCUCAGGCAGAGCAUUCAGGGAUGCGGACGUACUACUUCAGUGCAGAUACCCAGGAGGAUAUGAAUGGCUGGAUCCGGGCUAUGAAUCAAGCUGCUCUUAUGCAAACACGUUCUUCACUGAAGAGAGAAACUGAAAAAGUGGAUCAGCAAGCUGUUCCUCAAGUCAAUCAUGUGGAUGCCUGUAAAGAGUGUGUGAAGGAAGAAAUUACAGACACAAAGGAGAGUUGUCAUAAAUCAUCUGAAAUGCUUGGAUAUGAUAAGCAUGAAGAGAUAAGAAGAGAAAAAGAGGAGGAGGAGCAUUAUAUCCAUAGAAAAGAAACUCUGGAAAAUAAGAAGGGAAAGGCUAAGCAUGUGUUAACAGAAACUGAUUCAUUAUUUCCAGACUUAACAAAUGCAUCACAGUCCCAAGUAGCUCAGCCUCAGCCAGCUGAGAAGAAUGGAACACUUCCUAGUUCAUUAAGUGUGAGUGCUGGCCUAGUGGAGCAGAAUGGUACCAGCUCAUAUAAAAGAGGAUUUGUUCCCAGAACAAAUCCAGAUAAACAGAUUCAAAGAAAAAGUAACAUAGCUCAUGUGGAACGCUGGGUAAAAGUCCAAAAAGGAGAUACAAAAAGCUUCACUUCUGAUCAGACUCUUACACAUCAGGGUCUCAAUCCACCUUUUCCUGAAAACUAUCACACUUUACCAAAGAAUACCAGGCAGCCUUCAGGGAGCUCACCACCACUAAACCGCAAUUUGCCAAGUGACUACAAGUAUGCACAAGAUCGCGUUAGCCACUUGAAGAUGUCCCAGGAGGAAAGAAAAGCAAAUAAGAACGGAACUGUUUGGCAGCUGUAUGAGUGGCAGCAGAGACAGCAAUUUAAACAUGGCAGCCCCACUGCCCCACUUUAUGUAGGUUCUUCAGACUUUAUUGAUUGUGGCAAGUCAAAAAGCUCCUUAGAUGUUCCACGAUCAAUAUCUGUUCCACCGUCUCCAUCUGAUAUUCCUCCACCUGGACCUCCAAAAGGCUUUCCCCCAAGAAGACCACAUACUCCUGCAGAAAGGCUUACAGUUAAACCUUCUGAUGAGAGACAGACAGUAGAUGUUCCUUUUGCUGGAUCACCCAAGAAGAUACGAAAUCAUGCUGUAAAGAGCUCAACUCAUAUCGAUCGACGCUCUAUGCCUGCCAUGGGCUACAUGACUCAUACUGUGAGCGCCCCCAGUUUGCAUGGCAAGUCGGCGGAUGACACUUAUAUCCAGUUGAAAAAGGAUUUAGAGUAUUUGGACCUAAAGGUGACAGGACAUGACACGUUAAAAGAACGAGGUACUAAACCUGUCAAGAUUGCAGAAAGUGACACUGAUGUCAAGCUAAGCAUUUUCUGUGAGCAGGACAGAAUUCUGCAGGACUUGGAGGACAAAAUAAGAGCCCUUAAGGAAAAUAAAGAUCAGCUGGAGUCUGUUUUGGAGGUUUUACACAGGCAGAUGGAACAGUACAAAGACCAACCACAACAUGCAGAAAAGAUUUCUUACCAGCAGAGACUUUUGCAAGAGGAUCUCAUACAUAUUCGGGCUGAAAUAUCUAAAGUUUCAACG